AUGCUGCGAGUUUUUUUACGGCUCGAGCCAGCGGCUAUCAUAGGCCACAUCGCUACUCCGCCGUUCCACAGAGGCUCUGAUGGCUAUUUCGCGCCCAGCAACGGCAGCACAAUUGCGAGACAGGCUCCUGAGGAGGCCGAUGCACUUGGAUGUGGUCAGACAGCGUCUGGAACCGAGCGGCGGAGGCAGACUUAG